AUGGAGCCUAGUACCUGGAAUCCAGCAAGUCCUAACCGAAGUUUAGUGAUUACAGAAGCACCCUGCACUGACAUCGAUAAACUACUGAAUGCAUAUUAUGUUCCUGCAGUAUACGGAUGUACAUUUGUAUUGGGUGUAACACUUAAUGUUUCUGCUAUAAUUGUUUACUUGUUUGCUUUAAAAGAAUGGAACAGAAGUAAUGUGUUCCUUUUCAAUUUGCUACUUGCAGAUCUCCUUUAUAUAUUUAAUUUACCAUUUCUAGUUUCAUAUUACACCAACAAAGGAAUAUGGUACUAUGGAGGACUAUAUUGUAAGCUGAUGAGGUAUUUUUUCCAUGCAAAUCUGUAUACAAGUAUUCUUUUCCUAGGCUGUGUUAGCAUGGACCGUUACAUUUUGAUUGCUCAUCCUGUAAAGUCAGCUCAAAUUUUCAAGAAAUGGCAUGCAGCACUGAUCAGUUUUGCAAUAUGGGUUCUGGUUACAUUGGAACUAUUGCCAAUGUUUUACUUAAUAACGAUUGAAGGCAUUUCAAAUUCAACUGAUUUGAAGUGUCUUGACUAUGCCAGUUCUGGAGAUGUGGAAACAACAUUUAUAUUCAGCAUGACCGUAACCAUUACAGGAUUCUUGUUACCAUACUGUCUCCUGGUAUUCAGCUAUGUGCUCGUGGUACGUGUUUUAAAGAAUAUGCAGCAGAGGCUCCAAAAUGCAGACAAGGUGGGAAAGCCUCUAACCCUGAUCAUAUUCGCAAUGGUGUUGUUUUCUGCCUCCUUCCUCCCUUAUCACGUUAUGAGAAAUGCUCGCAUAGGUGCCAGAAUGUAUUACGAACCCAACAGUUGUGUCCUUGUCAUACUUAGGGCUCUUUACAAUAUAACUCGCCCCUUAAGCAGUCUAAACAGCUGUUUGAACCCCAUAUUUUAUUUUCUCGUAGGUGACAAUUUCCGAGAUAAGCUUCUUUCGUUAUUCUCAAAAACGUUUAAGACCAGCAAAAUUAAUUUUUCACAUUCUGCAGCAAAUUCAAAGUCUGCCGCUGCGUGA